AUGUCUACUUCAGCGAAGGUGCUCUGCCAUUCGCUGUUCAUCCUCGCAGUUGCAGCGUUAGUGCAAAGAGAAGCCCCAACAUCUAGUGAACAAGAAGUGGCGCUCGACGAUCUCCGAGUAGCGAAUCAUGCACAGAAAAUUGUAGGCGAUAAAAGUACAGCUGCAGGACAUGAGAACCAUUCGAUUCCACAGGAGAAACCGACUGCACAGAAAGAAGUAGAAAUAGUAGCCGGCGAGCACACAGAUAGAAACGUAGCUCCUGCUGCACACCACAUCAAGUCGCUUGAGCAGGAUCAGUUAGACGACGACGCAUCAGAAGAACAACAGUCCACUCCUCAGUCAGCAUUGCUUCUAGAGGUGGCUCAGAAGGAAGGAUCGGCUCCACAGCAUCCUUGCGUGCAAACAUUGACGACGCAAGUUUCAGAUCGCGCGAUAAAGACGCUCAUAAUGUUAUGGCGUGGCUCUUUGAGUAGUGCGAAGACUACUGGGCGUGGAGUGCUAAGUCUAAUGUCGGAGCGCCACAAGAUGAAUAAAAAGCAAGUGCCUUCGUCUUUAUCCGCCUCGUCAUCUAACACGUCCUCCUCAUCCUCUAACAGCAAGAGGAUGAGGAGGACGCGUAAGAUGCUGUUAGUAGAUGAGGAGUAGAACGAACUAAUGUCGGAGCAGUACUAACUAAUGUUGCAGUACGUAGGAGAUGAAAAAGAAUAGUACUCUUAUAAUUCGUCUGUGGUCUUGAUCCUCUUUAUAGUCUACCCUAUUCAGAACAUGUCCUCCUCAUCCUCUAACAGCAACAGCCAAUCUCGUCGACUCUUCGACGCAAGAGCGGAGCCUGUUGGACGCGUUAGUGCGAGCACUGAUACACCUGCCGUUUGGCACUAGAUUGGAAGUGGGUGGAAGUAGCAGUUUGAUGGAGAAGGAGAAAGCACAAGCAGACGUGUUGUCUGGUCUUGCACCUUUGAUAGCCGUGGAUUGUUUCAAGGAGGCCCCAGAUAGUCUAGCUGGGACGGAGAGCUUGACGAAAAAUUAUGGUAGUAUGACAACUUUUCGUCAAGCUCUCCGUCCCAGCUGCUACGGAGAGCUUGACUACUAGAAACCUGUCAACAUGAUCUUCCCACCAGCUCUACCCUACGACCCUCUUCCCCGUUCCUCCUCUAAUCCCAUAGUCUAGCUGGGACGGAGAGCUUGACGAAAAAUUAUGAUUGAUCAUCCACUGCUCUACUUAUUUUUUCGUCAAGCUCAUUCAACAAGAAGUAGUAGAUCUAGUAGAGGAACUUGACGACGUAGACACCUCUCUCUGAGUUUGAAGGAGGUGAUAGUGUCGUGUAGCGAAUGGACAUCAAAUACCAUCUGUCGCGAAGCUCGAAACGUAUAUGCAUCGUCUACCUCAUUAGUUGAAGAUCUCCGGAAGAAGGACAAGAAGAAAGUCCUCGACUGUUUUGUUGUAAGAAGUACACGAAAGACAACGCCUCGUCUUGGUAGUAUCUAAGACUACUAGAAACCUGUCAACAUCUUCCCACCAGCUCUACCCUACCCUCUUCCCCGUCCCUCCUCUAAUCCCAAGAAGUGAAAUCCUGGGAGGAAGAGAUGCUGAAAUAUUUGCAGUGCACAAGGAGGAAAGGGGAUAUGAUAUCCCACUGGCUGCGGACAUUGCAGAGAGACGUUCUAGAUCGAGUGGAGCGUCUGGCAAAGGACUGCAAGGCAUUGCAAUUGACGCCUUCGGUACUCAUGCUUUACUGAGGGAUUUAGAUUUAGACCUCGUCUCUUCGUGCAACUUCAGUGUAGAUGUGAAAACUUGUUGUUCAUUGUCUACGUUCGGUUUCCAAGCUCUUCUACGAUGGAUACGCAGUAUUUUAUGUGCAUGUCUGCUACGACUUUGGUAUGGAUGUUUUUUCUCCAAGGAUACCAACCCACCUGGCUACAUGUACAUCUACCCUCCUAACUUAUUUUCCGUACUCCACCAGUUAGACUCCGAUCAAUUCUCCGCACUCGUUUUGACUACGCAAAAGCAACUUACAAGGGUAGAAGAGGACGACCUACCUGCGUUGGACUCUGAAAUUCGGGAUGUCUCUAGUUCCGCUGACUGGGUCAAUACCGAAAUGAGCAAUGCGUAUUUGAAGCUGACGGAGUCGAAAGCUAUGCCAAAUCCAGAGUGAUAAGUUCAUCCACAGAUGAAUAAGUUCGAAAUUAUCAAGUCCUCUCAGUGUCAGUCUUAUUCUUUCGGAAUAUCUUUCCCACAACGAAAGUGAGAAAUUAGGGCACCACAACGAGCGCAUCCCUCUUCUAACAAAAAGCGGCAGAUUCAAGGAGACGAAACGUUUGAAAAACGCGCUGGCGUUUUGACGAACAAGAUGUUUGCGGUUUAUGGCCUCAUCGCCAUGUUCGCACUUGCGACUUGCUUGUGCUUCCUCAGUGCAGCUUCUAGUGAGCCACCAUCCAAAGGAGAAGGCUCUUUUCCUCAAAGUCGAAGUCCUCAGCAACAAGGUGGUGGAGGUGGACGACCCUCACCUUCAGGUAUGACGUCUUCACAACAAUGGAUAACAGGAAACAUGCCAAGACAAAUGAACUUUGCUUCAAGAGUUGCUGAGGACCUAGUAAUGGGACCUGCGGCUGUUGUUGGACAAGAACAGCAAACGGGACACCAGCAACCGGUGAAGGGAAUGCACCACACAGCAGGGCAACAUCACCAUCAUACAAGUAUUUCUCCUAGUGGACCAUCAUCGGCAAAUCCGAUACCCACGACUGCCACUGCAGUCCCUGUUGCAGCAAUGGCACCCACUGCGGUAGCGCCUUCUGGUGGGAAUGGUGCGCCAACUCCUGCUGGAACAACGCAGCAUAAUGGAGGACCAUCAGGACCAUCGUCCGCACCACCAUCAGGAGCAGCGCAGCAAGGGGCAACUGCAACACCAGGAUCGUGACGCUGUCCUGUCCCACAAAUGGCAUUCCAAGAGCCUUAAAAUUGUUCACGAUCCUGUGACUAUCUUCAAAAUUAGCUCUCCAAGAACGCAUACUCAGAAUCAAAAACAAGCAAUGUUGAAUUCUAGUAC